AUGGCAGAAGAAUUCGAGGAAUCCGAGGUCGUGUUCAACACCAACAACGAAUUCACCGGCGACGCCGCCGCCGAUUUCAAGAUGAGCUCGAUGGAGCUCUUCUCGAGGAAGAAGAUUAAGACGGUUCCGAUGAGCAUCCCGGAGAAAGUAUCGUGGCUCCGCUACUCCGAUCCCGAUUUGGAAGCUGACUGCGGCGGCGGAGAGAUGGUGCCUCCGCACGUCAUCGUGGGGCGGCGCGUGGCCGGAAAGAUGAUGGCUUUCUCCGUUUGCACGGGAAACGGGAGGACUCUCAAGGGACGGGAUUUGAGCCAAGUCCGUAACUCCGUUCUCCGCCUCACCGGCUUCCUCGAAACGUGA